ACCACUGGACCAACAGGGAAAGUACCAUCUCAUCAUUUUUAAUUUUAACUUUUGGACCUGAUCUUUCUACAAGGAGGCUAGGCCUUGGACUUGGAGGAAAAACUUGGCACAGGUUACCUUGACUUUGUCCAAUGUCUCCAGUUGUUCUCCACAUAGAAACAUGGUCAUGGAGGGACUUCCCUGGCAGUCCUGCAGUUAAGAAUGCACUUCCACUGCAGGGGGCGCAGGUUCAGUGCCUAGUAGGGGAACUAAGAUCCUGCAUGCAGCAUGGCCAAAACAAAACAAAAGGCCAUGGACCACAGUGACCUGCUGUCUGAUGACAUAGAUCUGAGUGGUACCUUACACCUGGCAGAACGUGGAAUCCAGCCAGUUAAGUCAGGCAUGCUCAGUGAGAUGGAGCAGGUUCUGUGGAAGAAUGGAUCAAAGUUGGGACACCAUGCUUCAGACCCCCAUAUCCACUGCUCCUUUGUCUAGAGUGAGGCAUUUAAAAUCCUCAGCCUGAAAAGUUCAAAUGCAGAACUAUCUCAGAUUUUAUCAGGCCUACCCCAUCACUUUGUGUCCAAAGGACUCAAGCCUUUUUUAAUGGAAAAAGAAAAAAAGGCUAUAGAUGUAUCAGAAUGAAACUUUUCUACACAUUUUGUGGGUGUUCCUUAGCCUAAAUGAAUGGUAUCUACUAAACAGGUGGUAGUCAUACAUAAGAGCCUUGAAGCACAUCUCAAGAUGGUAUCAAUACAGCCAGAGUUCACAUUACCAACUAAAAGAUCUAAGUCUUUACUUCCAUACCUGCAAAAUAAGUUAACACCUUAUACAUCUAAACAUGUUAUAAAACUGUUCUCUUAGGGGAGAGGACUUUGGGAAUGCUCUAAUACAAGCCUCAGAGAUUAUAGUCAAGGUGUUAACUAUUUGGAGAUUUUUUUAAAAGACAAAAUCUCAUCUAUCCUGAAGAAUUUACAUUUUGAAAGCAAGAAGAGUUCAGUUGAAUCAAGUACCAGAAUGAGAUGAAACGUAAGCGCUAGGCCAAAUUCUCAAAGUCAGAUGCUCACCGGCACAGAUACUUUUAAUAAGAGAAAUUAAAUCUACGGUUCAGACCUUGGCUGCAGAGAACUGUUUAAAAGCAUCGUCUCCCAGGGAUCCACUGGGGCAGAGCAUCCAGGAUUCUGAGCGCCCCCUAGGGACUGUGUGCAGCCAGAGCUGGAAAGGAAGCAGGCGUGUGGACUGGGGAACCGUGCCCACCCAGAGACAGCUGCCGUGUUAGCUGCCUCGGGAGACGACGCCAUCGGCGUUUCUAGAUCAUCAUACACUUCAAGUGAAGUCGGGCUCCAGAUCUUCAGUUAAAUCUCCUCUCUUUUAACUACUGCUUAUGGAAGAAGAAUCAGUGUCAGAUUUUGCAGUUCAAGAAUGACCUUAGACAACAUCAAUAGGGAAGCUGUGGAUCGAAUAAUCCGGGUGGAUCAUGCAGGUGAAUAUGGAGCGAACCGUAUCUAUGCAGGGCAGAUGGCCAUCCUGGGUCGGACAAGCGUCGGGCCAGUCAUUCAGAAAAUGUGGGAUCAAGAAAAGGACCACUUGAAAAAGUUCAGUGAGUUGAUGGUUGCAUUCAGGGUUCGGCCGACCAUUCUGAUGCCCUUUUGGAACGUGGUGGGGUUUGCACUGGGUGCUGGAACUGCCCUGCUUGGGAAGGAGGGCGCCAUGGCCUGCACGGUGGCCGUAGAAGAGUCCAUCGCACACCACUACAACAACCAGAUCAGGACGCUGAUGGAGAAGGAGCCUGAAAAAUACGAGGAGCUUCUGCAGGUGAUCAGGAAAUUUCGGGAUGAAGAGCUUGAGCACCAUGACAUAGGCCUCGAACAUGAUGCAGAACUGGCUCCAGCGUAUGCUGUUCUGAAGAGCGUUAUCCAGGCUGGGUGCAGAGUGGCGAUAUAUUUAUCAGAAAGACUUUAAAGUAUGUCCACUUUUCCUUGUGUAUAAGGAUAAUAGUAACUUAACAGGUGACAGUGGCAGAAAAGGAAAUGUGCAGUUAUUGUUCUGUGAAUUUGUUAAUAAAUUAUGAGAGGUUUUUUCGUUAA